AUGGCUACCUUGCCUGCGGAGCCGAGCGCGGGGCCGGCGGCUGGGGGCGGGGAGGUGGCGGCGGCGGCGGCCGAGGAGGAGGAGGAGGAAGCGCGCCAGCUCCUGCAGACUUUGCAGGCGGCCGAGGGUGAGGCGGCGGCGGCGGCCGGGGCCGCUGCCGAGCCGCCCACGGGCCUCCGCUUCUCGCCCGAGCAGGUGGCGUGCGUGUGCGAGGCGCUGCUCCAGGCGGGCCACGCCGGCCGCCUGAGCCGCUUUCUGGGCGCGCUGCCCCCGGCCGAGCGCCUACGUGGCAGCGACCCGGUGCUGCGCGCGCGGGCCCUGGUGGCCUUCCAGCGGGGCGAGUACGCCGAGCUGUACCGGCUGCUGGAAAGCCGCCCCUUCCCCGCCGCCCACCACGCCUUCCUGCAGGACCUUUACCUGCGCGCGCGCUACCACGAGGCCGAGCGGGCCCGCGGCCGCGCGCUGGGCGCCGUGGACAAGUACCGGCUGCGCAAGAAGUUCCCGCUGCCCAAGACCAUCUGGGACGGCGAGGAGACCGUGUACUGCUUCAAGGAGCGCUCCCGCGCUGCGCUCAAGGCCUGCUACCGCGGCAAUCGCUACCCCACGCCCGACGAGAAGCGCCGCCUGGCCACGCUCACCGGCCUCUCGCUCACGCAGGUCAGCAACUGGUUCAAGAACCGGCGACAGCGCGACCGGACUGGGGGCAGCGGCGGUGCGCCCUGCAAGAGCGAGUCUGAUGGGAACCCCACCACUGAGGAUGAGUCCAGCCAGAGUCCUGAGGACCUGGAGAGGGGGGUGGCCCCCGUGGCUGCCGAGGCUCCGGCCCAGAGCUCCAUCUUCCUGGCGGGGGCCACCCCUCCAGCCCCCUGCCCAGCCUCCUCCUCGAUCCUGGUGAACGGGAGCUUUCUGGCCGCCGGCAGCCCUCCUGCCGUGCUCCUCAACGGGAGCCCCGUCAUCAUCAACAGCCUGGCCCUGGGCGAAGCCUCCAGCCUGGGCCCCCUGCUGCUCACUGGGGGCGGGGCCGCCCCUCCACCACAGCCCAGUCCCCAGGGGGCCAGUGAGGCCAAGACCUCCCUGGUCUUGGACCCGCAGACUGGCGAGGUUCGGCUGGAAGAGGCUCAGCCUGAGGCCCCUGAAACCAAGAGGGCCCCGGGGGCUGCAUCGGGGCCAGCGGGAGAGGAAGCCUCAGGACCCCUUCCUCAGGUGGUGCCUGGCCCCCUGCCGGCGGCCACCUUUCCCCUGCCACCAGGACCGGUGCCAACCGUGGCCGCUCCACAGGUGGUACCGCUCUCUCCGCCGCCUGGGUACCCCCCAGGCCUGGGCCCCACCUCCCCGCUCUUGAACCUGCCCCAGGUGGUGCCCACCUCGCAGGUGGUGACCCUGCCCCAGGCUGUGGGGCCACUGCAGUUGUUGGCAGCUGGGCCAGGCAGCCCUGUGAAGGUGGCAGCCACAGCAGGCCCUGCCAACAUGCACCUGAUCAACUCGGGGGUGGGCGUGACCACGCUGCAGCUGCCUUCUGCCGCAGCCCCAGGAAACUUCCUGCUGGCGAACCCCGUGUCUGGCAGCCCUAUUGUGACAGGAGUGGCCGUGCAGCAGGGCAAGAUCAUCCUCACGGCCACCUUCCCCACCAGCAUGCUGGUCUCCCAAGUCCUGCCGCCCACCCCCAGCCUGGCCCUGCCCCUGAAGCCGGACGCGGCCCUGUCCGUGCCCGAAGGGGCCCUCCCGGUGGCACCCAGCCCCUCUCUCCCCGAGGCCCUGAGCACUCUCCCUGUGCAGCAGCCCCCGCCGCCAGCCCCUGCCACCGCCACCGCCACUGUGGGCCUGGCCUUCUCCCCAGACGCCUCUGGGCUCCUGCCCAGCUUCCCAGCACCCCCGCCACCGGAGGGGCUGCUGCUGUCGCCUGCCGCCGCCGUGCCCGUGUGGCCAGUGGGGCUGGAACUGAACACAGGAAGCGAGGGGCUGCUUGAGGUCGAGAAGGGGCUGGCCACGCAGGCCACCCCCACCGUGCUGAGGCUGCCAGACCCAGACCCCGAGGAGCUGCUUCUGGGGCCCACGGCAGGGGGUGAGGUGGACGAGGGGCUGGAAGCCGAGGCCAAGGUCCUGACCCAGCUGCAGUCGGUGCCGGUGGAAGAGCCCUUGGAACUGUGA